AUGACUUGCUUGGUGGGUGGUGACGGGCGUGGCAACAAAAAGUUCGCGGGAGGGAGGUCAACUGAGGCGGAUCCGAAUGUGGUCCACUUACUGGUCGGUUCCCGGACCCAGCGCACCUCCGCGUCCAACUUUCGUUUUUAUAACGAAGCAUCCUCCGGCCAGAUGCAAUCAACCCCGAGGCGUCCACGCUCGUCGUCUUCAGACAGAGCCUGGGAUGGCCAUGAGGAAUCCAAUAAUGGCACCGCAUCUUCACUGAUAAGGACCAGGAGCAGACAACAGCGCGAUCUUCCACCGACCCUCUUCCUCCAUCCGUCUCCCGCUGCAUCCCAUGCAUCGAUCCCGGGAAUCACGCCGAUGGGCGGGUCGUCGGGUCCCAUGCCGCCGUUAUCGCAGCCACCGGCAGGUCAUCAGCGUGAUGGUUCCCUCACGGUCACGAUGCCCUCCGCCUCCCGUGCGGUGGGCAACCUGAGCACGCACGAGAGCGCGCGUAGCGCCGAUCGGACAGACGCGCUCUGGGCCGAGAUGCAAGCCACGUUAGAGGAGGUGGAGCUGUCCGCAUCAGGCGGCACGCACGUGUUCGGGCCCGAACACGACCGCAAGCUGGCCGAUCUCCGCAAAGCACAGAUUGCACUCGCCCAGGCGUGGGCGCGGAGCGAAGCCGACGACGCCAUCGGACCGGGCCACCGCGACAACAGCGCUGCUGCCGGCUCGGCUCCCGGCGGGGUGGGUGACGAAGUACGUAAUAUGAGAAGCGCAGCGCUGGGUGAGACGGCCACUACGCGGAAGAGCGGGGAAGGGACAGAUGCGGCGAAAAGCACGGCUGGGACGGGGAGCGCACUUCCCGGGAGCAGUGGGAUGGCAGAGGGCCUUGAUGCCAGGUUUGAGGAGGGAACCGAGGCGGACAUUCUUCUCGCCCGGCGGCGACGGGAGGCAAACGAUCGAUACUUCCAGCAAGUCAAAGGCGGGGUGUUGGAUGUAGUGGCACGGCUGGAGGACGUGGCAGUUGCAAUGCGGGCACUCGAACAGGAAACCAAAGAUAUUUGGGGGGAGGACGGCAGUCUUCCGGGAAGCGCGAAGACUUGGUGCUUUUGGCAGGCAUUUUCGCAUCAAUAUCUGAGCACAACUUAUCACGGCGUCGGAGGAGUUGGUCUAUCACUCAUGGUCUUCUUGAAACUUGGAGUCUUUGCCCGCACAUUUUCCUUCAGUUUGUCCCCCCGACUCGUUAUCCUGUCUAACAGUCCGAUACCCCUUCGGAAGACCAACAAGAAACUGCGUGCCAAUGAUGUCACGCUGUACACUGUACUUCGUAAAGUGGAAGGAGAGGGCGUCAACGAGUGUCUUACUGGCACCGCCUUCCCAACAGGGCAGGUCAAGUAUGAUAUGAAGUACCACCUCUCGUCAGGUUCUCCGGCAUUCCACCUCUUCCGCCAACAUCUCGCAUUCCGAAUUCCCGACUUCCCUACGAUAUCGCUUGAUCUACCCAUCGACACCUUUGUAUCUCGACAUACCCCAACCCAACCCCUCCCCUUCCUCCAAACCAAAGUACCUAGCCACAGUACCCAUCACAUCACAGUCGCCAUGAAGCCCUCCACAUUCCUCGUCGCCGCCCUCAGCCUCGUUCCUGGCGCGCUCGCCGUGGAUAAGAUGAAGAACGUUAUCGUCUGGGCGCAGGACGAAUCCAUCACCGACAGCAUGCUCGAGAAAGCCAAGAACGCCAUCAUCGAAGCUGGUGGUAAAGUCACCCACGUCUAUACCCUUAUUCGGGGCUUCGAUGCCGUCGCACCCGCCAAGGCGCUGGAAGUCGUCCAGGCCUUCGACGCCGGAAUCAAGAUUGAGGAGGACCAAACGGUUACUAUCUACGAAGACGAGAACUAA